AUGCCUCACUCAGAUACUCCCCCAACCUCCAACUCCACGGGUGGUAAAGCUCCUAAUGUUGCUAUCGUCGGCGGCGGCCUAAUCGGCGUGAUGCUGGGUCUCGGCCUCUCACACCGCAACAUCCCCUUCACAAUCUAUGAGCGCGCCUCGGACUGGCAUGAGAUUGGCGCCGGCGUGGCUCUGACCAGCGUCGCGCAGAGCAGCAUGCAGCGACUUCAUCCGGAGGUCCUCCCUGCGCUCCACCGAGUCGCCAAAGCCAAUCAUUUCGGCUUCUGGGACGGCUUCACUCCUUCGACCAAGGAGGCCGCUCAGGCCUCUGAGGCUCUGCAUUUCCUGCUUGAUGUGCCCGGGACUGACUAUUGGUGCUGCAUGAGAUCCCAGUUCCUCCGCGAGCUGGUCGCUCUACUGCCCAAGGGAUCGACCCGUUUCAACAAGGAACUCGAAAGUUAUGUAGAUGAUCCGAGCCGUGAACAGGUUCUAUUGCGCUUUACCGAUGGAACCACUGCCGAAGCAGAUACUUUACUCGGCGCUGAUGGCAUUCAUUCACGGACUCGUCAGCUCCUUCUGGGAGAUGAUAACCCGGCCGCACACGCCAGUUUCACUCAUCAAGUGGGCUAUCGCACCGUGCUCCCUAUCUCCGAAUCGAUAGAGGUCUUGGGCGAGGCCAAAGGCGGUAGUGACUUUUGCAUCCAUACUGGUCCCAACGCCUACGUCCCUUCCUAUCCCACGGAACAGAGAAAGUCCUGA